AUGACAAUGCUUGAUUCUAGAGCAUCAAGGCUAGGUCCUGUUAAUGCUUUGAAAUCAAUUCAUGGUGACUACAUUGGGGGAAUAAACUCAAACUUCAGAAAGUGGUUUUUUGCUACAGAAAUGGAUACACAAGCUGGAAACUCUUCAGGCUCUUUGUGCUCUUCAUUGGCAGCGUCAAGGAAUCUGUGGAAGGCUUAUAUCCAAAAUUUGACCUAUUCUGGGAUGAUUUCACAUGUGGGGCUCUAUCUUCUAUGUUGGGGGGAAGCUAACAACAUAAGAUUUAUGCCCGAAUGCAUUUGCUUCAUUUUCAAAUGCUGUGUUGACUUGCUUGAGGCCCAUGAGGAUUACUUACAUAUGCAAAAUGAUCCCAGAUCAUUCCUCGAUGAAGUUAUCACUCCAAUUUACGAGGCUUUGAGGAAUCAGUGCUACCCACAAAAAAAUGAUAUAAGCUUUACUUCAAGAAAAGACCAUGAGUACAUUAUUGGUUACGAUGAUAUGAACCAGAUGUUCUGGAGCAAAGGAGGCAUCGAAAGAAUCAUUUUAAAGGAUAAAACAAAACUUAUGAGUCAACCUAUGGAAAAACGAGCUUUGCACUUGAGGUACGUAGAUUGGGAAAAGUGUAUGGUCAAAAACUACAGAGAAAAAAGGUCAUGGUUUCACUCUUUAAUCCACUUUAACAGAGUUAUACUUCUCCAUGGGUCCGUCUUUUGGUAUUAUCAUAGCUACCACGCAUAUCCAUUGUAUACACCCAGUUACCUGAUUUCGAAGGAUAAUCAACCAUCUAUUCAAUUAAGGCUUAUGGUAAUGUCUAUGGCAGGAGUCUUUUCUUUGAUAUUUUGUGCCUUUACCACGUUCUGUGAGUUUAUCAUCAUACCCGCAAGAUGGAAAGAGAUCCCUGCCAUAAUGCGAUUGGGUUUCCUCUUACUAGGAUGUUCUUUUCAAAUUGCAGUGUUAAGCAUGUACUAUUUCCUUGAUGUGAUGAGCAAAGAUUCAAUAAUAGGGCUUGCAUCAGCAGUUUCUCAAUUCUUGGGAUCGUUAUUCACAGUUGUUUAUCUAUCUUUUACCCCUUCUGCUGUUCUAUUUGGUUUCCAGAGUUCCCGUCCGGGAUCUUUGGGCUUCAAAUCAUUUACGGAUAACGUGUACCAAUUAUCAGGAAAGCCCAAAAUUGCCUCAAUUACUUUAUGGCUGGUAAUUCUAUUCUCUAAGUGUAUUGAAUCCUACUUUCACUUGGCAUUAUCUACUAGAGAGCCAAUUCGUGAGCUCAGCAUUAUGAGCCCCAAAUGUAUAAGUGAUGUCUGGAUCGGAGGAAAACUAUGUUCAUUUCAACCACAAAUAGUACUAAUUCUUUUAACCACUUUGGAGUUCAUUCUCUUCUUUGUGGAUACCUAUUUGUGGUACAUCAUUUGGAUUACAGUCUUUUCAGUUGUCAGGUCAUUCUAUCUUGGUUCAUCUAUCUGGUCACCUUGGAGAAAUGUCUUCUCUAACUUACCUAAAAGAAUAACCAGCAAAUUGCUCACACCUUCAACAAAAGUGUUCAUACAUGACAAUGAUGAUAGGGUUCCUAAAUUAUGGAACACAAUCAUCGUAUCAAUGUACCGUGAACAUUUACUUUCGAUUGAUCAAGUACUGAAGCUACUCUAUCGCACUGUUGAAACAGAAGAUUCAAUCAAUUUCGCUGAACCAAAUUUUUUUAUUUCGCAAGAGGAUGAAUCUUUAACUUCUAGUUCCUUAUUCGACAAUUCAGAAUCAAAUAGAAGACUCAAAUUUUUUGCCCACUCUUUGUCAACUCCAAUGCCACAAAGCCAAAGAAUUCACUCAAUGCCAUCAUUCACUGUCUUGAUUCCUCACUACCAAGAGAAAAUAAUCUUGCUGUUCAAUGAAAUUCUUAGAGAGGAAGACAAAUUAUCAAACUUGACAAUACUUGAAUUCCUUAAAAAUCUACAUCCAUUGGAGUGGAGCAAUUAUAUGAAAGAUAAUAAAUUGAUGGCAGAAGAAGAUCUUUUAAAACUCAAUUCUUCAAAACGUAUGAGCUCAGCAUCAUCGCCUCCUGAACUUAUGUUGCAAGAUAACGAGGCUAUAAUGCGUACAAGGUUGUGGGCAUCAUUGAGAACUCAGACACUUUAUCGCACUAUUACAGGAUUUAUGAAUUAUUCAAGAGCGAUAAAACUAUUAUAUGACCUUGAAGAAUUCAAUGACAAUGACUCGUAUGAUAGAAUGAGGCUUCUGAAACUUAAUAUUAUGGCGAAGAGGAAGUUCAAACUAGUGGUGUCAUUACAAAGAUAUAAAUUCUUUGAUACAGAAGAUAAAGAAAAUGUUGAAUUAUUGCUUCGGAGUUUUCCCGAAUUGCAAGUUAGCUACAUUGAUGAAGUUGUCAAUGUGCUAGAUGGGAAAGUGGACUAUUUUCUGUGCUUACUUGAUGGCGCGUGCCCAAUACUUCCAAAUGGAGAAAGAGAACCAAAAUACAGAAUCAGACUAUCUGGAUACCCAAUAUUAGGGGAUGGAAAGGCAGAUAAUCAGAAUCAUGCCUUGAUAUUUACGCGAGGAGAAUACAUUCAGCUCAUCGACGCAAACCAAGAUCAUUAUUUUGAAGAGUGUCUCAAAGUAAGAAAUGUUCUAUCUGAAUUUGAAGAAGGAUGCAUCGGUGAUCUCUCUAACUACGAUCAGAAGCAAGGAGAAGAGGGUCACCCUGUAGCCAUAGUUGGGAACAGAGAGUAUAUUUUCUCUGAAAAUAUUGGAAUACUUGGCGACAUUGCGGCCGGAAAGGAGCAGACAUUUGGAACCUUGUUUGCACGAACUCUCGCAUAUAUUGGGGGAAAGUUACAUUACGGUCAUCCAGAUUUUUUGAACGCAAUUUUUAUGACCACCAGAGGGGGUGUUUCAAAAGCUCAAAAAGGGCUUCACUUAAAUGAAGACAUAUACGCUGGGAUGAAUGCCCUUUUCAAGAGGUGGUCGAAUAAAAUAUUGUGA